UUGAGAAACUAUUUGAAAAAUUGUGUAAGCUGUGUAUUAGAAUUUAGGAAUCAAAUGACUACUAUCGAAGAAGAAAUAAGAGAUCAAUUUUAUAAGGUUGCAAAAGAUCUAGGCUUAGAGCCAGAUAAAUCUGUAAAACUUGAAAAUUGCAGCCAAAUAGGGUAUUAUUUUAGAGUUACGAAAAAGGAAGAGAAAGCCUUGCGCAAAAAAAAUUACAUCACUAUUGAUGCAAAAAAUAAUGGAGUUCGUUUUCAUAAUGCCAUGCUCAGAAAACUUAAUGAGAAAUAUGUUUCAUUGCGUUUGGAAUAUGAGACGCAUCAAAAGUCUGUUAUAGAAUUAAUCAUUGGAAUAGCCUCUGGUUAUAGUGAACCAAUGCAGCAGCUUAGUGAUUUAUUAGCACAGUUGGAUGUAUACAUAGCGUUCAGCAUGAGUGCAAUAGGAGCACCUCAACCUUUUGUUCGUCCAAAAUUAAUGUUGAAAGAAAAUGGGAUCAUAAGUAUGAAACAGGCUCGACAUCCUUGUCUUGAAGUUCAAGAAAAUAUAGAUUUUAUUCCAAAUGAUGUGAUAUUAGAUAAAAAAGAAAAGAACUUUCAUAUUAUAACUGGUCCUAAUAUGGGAGGAAAGUCAACCUUUAUACGAUCUGUAGCUAUAAAUGUUUUGAUGGCACAAAUUGGUAGUUUUAUUCCCUGUGAGGAAGGAAAUAUUUCAAUUGUUGAUGCCAUUUUGACACGUGUGGGUGCAGGUGACAUACAACUAAAAGGUGUAUCUACAUUUAUGGCAGAAAUGCUUGAGACAGCUUCUAUAUUAAAAUCGGCUACAGAAAAUUCAUUAAUAAUUAUUGAUGAAUUAGGAAGAGGAACAUCAACUUAUGAUGGAUUUGGUCUUGCAUGGGCAAUAUCAGAUCACAUAGCAAAUAAGAUAAAUGCCUACUGUUUAUUUGCCACACAUUUUCAUGAGUUAACUGCACUGGCAGAGAAAGCACAGAAUGUUAGUAAUCUCCAAGUAACAGCACUUACAUCAGAAGAAAAUAUUACUUUUCUAUAUAAAAUUAAAGAAGGAAUUUGUGAUCAAAGUUUUGGUAUACAUGUAGCAGAAUUAGUACAUUUUCCAUCACAUGUCAUAGAGCUUGCUAAACAAAAAUUAAGUGAUUUUGAAGAUUUUCAUUGGAAUAAUGCAUCUUCUAAUGAAGAAGAACCUGUUGCAAAAAGCAGGAAAAUAGAAUAUGAGGAAGCUGAACAAAUUAUGAAAGAAUAUAUAACUGACAUUUGUAGUUCUCUAAACUCAGCAGAAAAAGAGUUAUUUAAUAUGAAGCUCAACAAUUUGAAAGAUAAUAUAGUUUCUAAGAAUAAUUCUUAUAUUAAUGAACUCAUUUCUAAAGCUUAGAUUACAAAAAGUUUAUAUUUUAUAUAUUUUUAAAAAAUUUUUAUUAGUAAAAUAAUUACAAUAAAGAUCUACAUUGAUUACCAGUUUUUGUUUAUAUUUUAUUACUUAAAUUUUAAAUGUAUCAAAUGGAAGAAUUUUUUUCCCAACAAAUAAAUGUAUUACUAUUAAGAUCA